CAUUCAUACCAUUAUCAACGACUUAAGAAGAAGAAAACCAACAACCCCUUUAUACAAACGGUGAAACAAUGUCAAGGUUGGGUUCUGACAAAAGAAAAGGGCUACCAGAAGAAAGUAUCCAAACUAUCGACUCUCCAAUCUAUUUGAACCAAAUAUCGUCUUUACCAAAAGAAGAUAAUGUACAUUGUUUAUCCUUAAAGCAAUUGAUUGGGAGCCCCCAAUUGAAGCAGACAUGGCAAUUCAACUUUUGUGUAGACUUAAAUUUCAUCCUUGAAAAUAUCCAUCCCAAGGUUUUUCGGACGGUUGAUAUACGAAUCACUCAUGGAUAUGACAGAAAGUCAGAUAGCUUGGCGAGACUGACUGCUCAAAAGGAGCAUUGUCCUCUUCAAGUCCACUUAUACAGCGUGUAUGUACCCAUGUGGGGAACUCAUCAUUCCAAAAUUAUGGUGAAUUUUUUUGAGGAUGAAUCAUGUCAAAUUGUGAUUCAUACAGCUAACAUGGUUGAGCCCGACUGGAUCGGAAUGUCCCAGGCUAUUUACAAGACACCGCUGUUGUUUCCCAAGUUAGGAGGAAUACAUCUAGAGCAUGGAACUACUAAUGGCGAAGAAGGAUCAUUAAGAAAAAAGGUGAAGCAGGAAGAACAAAAACAAGUAGAAGUUGUGGACGUCGAUGCCGAAACCGAAGACGAAAGCCCACUAGAAAGCGAAAUGACUCAAGUAGGGCAGCAGUUUCAAAAAGAUUUUCUGGAUUAUCUACGGAAUUAUAAUCAUACAAAGGAACUUAUUAAUAAACUAGAAAAAUAUGAUUUUUCAAAUGUCCGCGCUGUUUUUCUCGGGUCUGUACCCGGAAAGUUUAUGGGUGACAAGGAAUCGCAAUGGGGACUUGGAAGACUCAAGCAUGUACUUGGAGAGGUUGAAAAAAAGGAAAAAGAAAAAGGUGAAGAAUUUUUUGACACGGAUGUCUGUGUUUCACAAUGCAGCUCCAUGGGAUCGUUUGGCUCCAAGCAGGAAUACUUAGAGGAAUUAAUGGAAGCUUUUUGCUGCAAGAGGAAACAAUGGAAGUUUAUUUUUCCAACGGUGAAUCAAAUUCAACAGUCGAUGUUGGGAUGGCAGUCUGGAUCAUCCAUUCACUUUAACAUAUUAGGAAAGACAAGUAUGGAGCAAGUCGAGGAUCUGCGACAAAAACAUAAUUUGCACAAGUGGGGAUCAAUGAAAGCUGGAAGAGAACGAAUUGCACCGCACAUUAAAACGUACCUUCGUUUAAGUGAAUCGGGCGACAGGAUUCGAUGGGCACUAGUGACAAGUGCCAAUCUGAGCAAACCGGCAUGGGGGACGAUGGAAGGAAAGGGCGUAAAAUCCAAGACAGCUCGUGGUCUAAGGAUUAAAUCCUAUGAAGCAGGCGUACUAUUAUUUCCGCAACUAUUCGAGAGUGCCGGGACCAUGGAUUCGUCUUUUUGCAGUAUGGUACCGACUUACAAAACCAAUUCACCGACGUCGGUUGGUAUUACCCAACGUGAAAGGCAUAAUGGCUCGAAAUCUCAGCUACUAGUUGGAUUUCGGAUGAGCUGGGACUUUCCACCCAAAGAGUAUGUGCCCAAGGACGAAAUUUGGUCUCCUGUAGUUCCACGAAAGGAGAAGGAUUGGCUAGGAUAUACAUGGCCUCCUAAUUGGUAAUAAGCAAGUAUGCCCUAGAGAAGCUGUUUUAGUGAGGAGAAUUUGUUGGCAAACGAUGCCAAUUGAAGACGAGAGUAAUUCAUUACUAAUGAAUACUUUUUCUUUAGUUAAAACAAGCUACCUUAUCUGGUCAAUUGAAAAUUAUUACAACUACUUUUUUUAUUUUUUUUAUUUUUUUUUUUUCGUUAGCUUUGGUUUUGUCAUGUCUAUCAGCGUUCUUCAUAGGAGCUACACCAUCCCUAUAUUCUUGAGCUAAUACCUUUCCUAUCAGAAGGACGAACCUUUGCUUGCCUCUAGUAUACAUCUUGCCUUUCUUUGAUCAUCUCGACUUUUCAUUCUUUAUCCCUCUAAAAAUUCAUUUAUUUACUUGAAGGUGGAAUUCUCAUAGUCGAAUUUAGACUACUAUUAAGCGACUCGGCUCAACAAACUUGAAUGCCAAAACAGGUUUACGUAAAAAUGACCGCAACAUUUAAUCAAACCGUACGUAAAUAUGAAGGAACUUUACUUGACGCAAUUUAGUGCAGCAUCAAUUCGAUGAUUCCAAUUUCAUCGAUUGCUUAACUUCAGUGUAUACGUUGGCUGAGCAUAC